GGGGAGAGACGGGGAGCUGAGUGUCUGCCAUGGCGGAGGGGCGAAGUGUGGUGCAGCGGGUUCAGGAACUGAAAGAGCAGCUGAGCUACGCGGAGCCCGCGGAGAUCAUAAAAACACUGAAGGUACUCCAGGGUUUGGACAUAUCACUGGACAUUCUGGUGGAAACUGGGAUAGGCAAAACAGUUAACAGCUUCAGGAAACAUGCCACUGCUGGGAAUACAGCUAAAACCCUGGUAAAACAAUGGAAAAAACUUAUUUCUUCAGAAAAUCAAAGUGCUCACAGAGGAAGAAAACAAAAUACUGGAAAAGAUGAGGCAAAAUCUUCUGUUUCUGAGGAGAAAUCAAAGAAAUCCAGAGCAUCUGUGCUGGUGUCCAGAAGUUCCAAUAGUGCUCCCAUUUCUAAAAAGCUCAAUAAGCAGCAUACUUGGAGUGAAAAGAUCCACCGAAGUAGAGAGUCUCAAAAAGAAUGUGAUCAUAAAGAAUGUAGCAGCAGUGGUUCUGCUAAGCAGCAUACUUACAGUGAAAAGACUGACCAAAGCAGAGAUUUUGAGUCUCUCGAAGAAUGUAGUAGCCAUAGUAAUAGUUCUAAUCAUGCUUUCCAGGGUAUUGAUGCUCAAGCUGAAAAAAGUGACUUAAAAGAGCAAGACAACAAGAAAGUGUCAGAAAAGCGGUGUUGCUCUGUAGUCAAAGACUUGUCACUCCUGAAGGGAAAGCCUUGUGAGGAUGCUUUCAAACAGAGAAAUUCUAAGCAUGUGAAGAAACCGAAACAAAUUCGUGUAAUAAAAAGAAAAGCCGAAUUAUCUAGUGAUGAGGAGUUUGAGCCUCCUACUAUGUCCUUUGAAUCUUAUCUUAAUUAUGAUCAGGCUACUGCAAAAAGAAAGAGAAAGACUUGUUCUACUGGCCAGCAGCCAAAAAAAUGUAGUAAACAGAAAAGCAGUUCAUUACUGAGAAAGACUUCAGCGUUUUCUCAUGCAAAUGAGGGUAAGAAAGAUGUAAAAACAAGUGAAGGUGAUCAGUCAGAAACUCCCAAUAAGAAGGCCAAGGUGGCAUCCCUCCAAGAUCUUCUUAAUACUCCGCUGCCUAAAUUUCUGACAGGCAUCUCAACCUCAUCUCCCCCAUAUGCUGCAGAUGUUGAAAAACCUGUUGAAGAAGCGCCUGUGGAGGUCAAUGAGGUGGUUCAAUUCACAGGACAGAGACUGAACUCCAAAAUGCAAGUUUACUCCGGCCCUAAAACAGUCCAUCUUUCCAAGAUGCUUACACUGUAUGAACAGUGCAUCCGUGUUCUUCAGAACAACAUUGAAUUGCUACAUGAAGUAGGAGGUGUGCCUUUUGAAAUUCUUGAGCCUGUGCUAACACGUUGCACACCAAAGCAGUUGUUUCGAAUAGAGGAGUGUAAUCCGGCAUUUACAGAAGAGUCUGACCACUUGUGGAAGAAACACUGCCAGAGAGAUUUUAAAAAUGAGAGCCUCCUGGAAUGUGAGUCUUGGCGUGAAAUGUACUCCAGACUGUUUAAUCAGAGAGAAGAGAAACUGAAGACUCUUACAAAAAACAUUAUUUCAGCUCAGUCUGAGAAACCAAAAGGCAGGCAAGUGAAAAUGGCUUAUGUGACCAGUGCAGCCAGACAACCCAAGAACAUACGGAGACAGCGAGAAAUGCAUGGGACUGCAGGACCUGGCACACAACUUCAGCCCAGAGAAAGGAGCAAAACAAGGAUUCCAGAAAGCAGAGACCUAAAUAACACAUUGUCAACUCUGAUCUCUGCUAGCAACUGUGGAAGCUCUAGUUCAAGCAUGAUGACUCGAGAUGAAAAGAAGCCUAUGAAAAAAAUUGGACCAAUCAUGAAGAAAACUUUGAAAGCAUUGAAGAGCAAAGCUGGACGACGCUAAAAUGAGGCUUCAUAUUUGAAGCUUAUGCAACUCUUUCUGUGUUGUGCUAUCAUUAAUGAAAGCAAUGCUAACAUAAACCUUUGGCUUAGUUAAAAUAGUUUUGAAACAUUACAGGGGCAAAUGAUUUCCAAUGGAAAUGGAAACAGCUGUGUUUGUUCAUACUGCUGCUUUCCGUGAGAUCUGAGUUGAAAUAAAGUCAGUGCACACUAAUGGCAAA